UCCUAUGAUUGAUGAUCGACCUGAUAUUUCAUUGUUGCUUCAAUGGCUUGAACCACUUGUUGAAUGGCAAUCAUUUGGACGUCAGUUACCAGGAAUAACUCCAGAUAUUAUUACAUUAAUUGAACAAUCAGAAACUGAUCUUUAUCAUAAAAAGAAAAGGCUCAUCACAGAAUGGUUAUCCAUCAAUAAAAAUGCAAAAUGGAUGGAUGUGAUUUCAGCAUUAAAAAGAAGGAAAGAAACUGAACUAAUGCAAUUCAUUUGUGAUCAGAUACAAGUACAACAAUGUACAGGAGGUAAUGAUGAUGCUCCUAGUACUAUACCAGCAGCACCUAUUGUUUCAUCAUCAGUUUCUGUAAUUAAUGAACCUGAUACUAGUACUACAUCAGGUAAACAUACACUUAUCAAAGACAGCGUUUAUUAACUGCAGUA